AUUCUGUAAAAAAAGGCUUUAUUUCCAGCGCCGCCUCCCAGAAUGCUUUGCAUGGGGACGUGCGUCUGACGUCACAUAUACAGAAAAUUCGAAAUGGCUGCACGCGGUAGGUGAGGCCCGAGCGAAGAAAAGUGGAAAAGAUUGUUAUUCGUCAAAAAACCCACACAACGACGGUCAUUUUUUCGCCGUGCUAUUGUAAAAUUGUCUUUUAUCUGUGUUUUGUGUUCCGGGGGACCCCGACUCCAGAAUGUGAAAGUUUCCCGUGUGAAGCCGUGGAGCUUGAGAUCCUGUUUACUGUGGACUAGCUGUGUGUGACGCCAUGUUGUUUUUGUUUACAUUAAAAAAAAAAGCUCCACCGUCUCGCCGAGUGCCAGCAAGAGUCAUGAGUACUUGUCAACUCGACUCCUCAACUGGAGAUAACUUUCUAGCACCUCACCAUGGGGAAGGAUGUAUUCAUAUGCCUUCACCAGCACAUGCAUUAAACAUGCAGAGAGUUACACAAGUUCUUACCACCUUGGGGCACCAUUCAGGGUGCCUUUUCAUCUGAUUAAAUUUAUAAUGAACAGGGACAUUGCGGUUGUCCCAAGUGGAUGGUAUGAUGAUAGGAUGGUUUUCUGGCCCAGCUAUAAAAACACCGACAUAAUUGAAAGGGCCGCUUUAAAUGAGGAGCAGCAUGAGCCAGACUGGCCAAGAUUUGACGUUUCUGUUGUCCGAACUUGUGACAACUACAAAGACGCAUUAAAAAUAAUGCAACAAUAUGGAAAGGGCUGCGACACCUCAGACCUGCAAUCUGAGGCAGAGAACGAGGAGCUGCCAGAAAAAAGGAAAAGGAAGCCAGUCCAUCGUCUCGGGGACUCAGAUGAUAGCGAAGAAGACCCGGGAAAUAGUGACCUCACAUCUCUGGGGUUGGCAAGCCAAUUGCACAGGCAGACUCCACCGUCUCGCCGAGUGCCAGCAAGAGUCAUGAGUACUUGUCAACUCGACUCCUCAACUGGAGAUAACUUUCUAGCACCUCACCAUGGGGAAGGACGCAUUCAUAUGCCUUCACCAGCACCUGCAUUAAACAUGCAGAGAGUUACACAAGGAACGGCAGUCCCUCCUCGACUCCCUCCACCCCCCUCACCAACAGCCCUCAACAUGUGGCAGACCCAGGAGCCUGGAUCCAGCCUGGCCUGCAGGCCAACAUGGCGAGGGGGAAGAAUGGCCGACAACAUUUCCUGCUCUGCGCCUGAGCCUUAGCCUGCUGGAAACUAUUAAGCACAACCAAGACCAGCUGAUUGCGAAGGUGCUGUGAGUAAAAAUGUGUUGACAAGGUCAGCCACGGACGCUGAGGUCACCAAACACGCCAUCAGGUGGUUCAACUUGGCGGGGGAUCGGGCAACGAGGAGACGAGUCCCGCUUCCACCUCCUCAGGAGGAAUAGAGAUG